CGCGCGGCCGCGCGGGGCAUUGUGGGAGCUCGGCCAGCCGAGCCCGGUAGCCCCGCGGGCAGAGCGGAGCGGAGCGGAGCGGAGCAGCGGGGACGGGAGCGGGGCCGCCGCCGCCCGACCGGAGACAUCUUGCCCGCGCCAGUGUGUUUCAGACCUGAUACAGACAAGAUGUCCAGCAGGGGUGGAAAGAAGAAGUCUACCAAGACUUCCCGCUCUGCAAAGGCUGGGGUCAUAUUCCCUGUUGGAAGGAUGCUCCGGUACAUUAAGAAAGGCCACCCGAAGUACAGAAUUGGUGUUGGUGCUCCUGUGUACAUGGCUGCUGUACUGGAAUAUCUAACUGCGGAAAUUCUGGAAUUGGCUGGAAAUGCAGCAAGGGACAACAAGAAGGGUCGAGUCACUCCUAGACACAUCCUGUUGGCUGUAGCAAAUGAUGAAGAAUUAAAUCAGCUAUUGAAAGGGGUCACUAUAGCCAGUGGUGGAGUGUUACCCAAUAUUCACCCUGAGCUGUUGGCAAAGAAGCGGGGAUCAAAAGGAAAACUGGAAGCCAUCAUCACUCCACCCCCAGCAAAGAAGGCAAAGUCUCCAACACAGAAAAAAACUGUAUCAAAGAAAACAGGUGGCAAGAAAGGAGCAAGGAAAUCCAAGAAGAAGCAGGGAGAAGUGAGCAAAUCAGCCAGUGCUGACAGUACAACAGAGGGAACUCCUGCAGAUGGGUUCACAGUCCUCUCCACCAAAAGCCUGUUUCUUGGCCAGAAGUUGCAAGUUGUACAGGCUGACAUUGCCACGAUCGACAGUGAUGCUGUCGUUCACCCGACAAACUCUGACUUCUACACCGGUGGUGAAGUAGGGAGCACUUUGGAAAAGAAAGGCGGCAAGGAGUUUGUGGAAGCCGUCAUUGAGCUGCGCAAAAAGAACGGCCCGUUGGACAUCGCCGGAGCUGUUGUCAGUGCUGGCCAUGGGCUGCCUGCAAAAUUUGUGAUCCACUGUAACAGCCCGGGCUGGGGCUCAGACAAAUGCGAGGAGCUGCUGGAAAAGACGGUGAAGAACUGCUUGGCUCUGGCUGAUGAAAAGAAGCUGAAAUCAAUCGCCUUUCCUUCCAUUGGCAGCGGCAGAAAUGGCUUCCCAAAGCAAACAGCUGCUCAGCUGAUCCUGAAAGCCAUCUCCAGCUAUUUUGUGUCAACAAUGUCCUCCUCAAUCAAGACGGUGUACUUCGUGCUCUUCGACAGUGAGAGUAUAGGGAUAUACGUGCAGGAAAUGGCCAAACUAGAUGCCAACUAAGCCUAGAAAGCUACAGUACCAUCCCCCUCUUCCCCCCAUCAGCAUCCCCAAAUCCUUAACUCAUUGUGAGGCAGAGCAUCCCUUAUUUUAAAUUUCGCUCAUCUAGGGAAAUAAAGGUGAGGGUUUUGUUGUUUUGGAAUUCUUUGUUUGUUUUGUUUUUCCUCUCUAAACUGUUUUAUGUUGGCACUGAUAGUUGGCAUUAGUGCUCUUAAUGCACUGUUUUACCACGCAUUGUCUGAGGUUUGUGUAAUCUAGAAGAUUUUAUAGUUUUAUUUUAAUGAAGUAUGAAUUGAAGCAGGAAGCUGUUAGGAGUAUGUAGUCUUUUACUUGUGAAAGAAACAGGCCAACCCUAUUUUGUAACUGUGUUGUGGUGCUUUAUCAAUACAUCAAGUGGCGUUCCUUUCAUUUUUUAAAAGAACAGAUGCUAUAAACCUAAUUUGUGUUUGUUUAUUGUCUUAAUGAUUCUGGAAAAAAAAAUACAAAAACCCUGUUGUCCUUAAUUAUAUUUACAAUUUUGAAACUGUGUGAAUUGAUUUAGUAAAAUGUUUGAACUGUU